AUGUUCGCCGCCUCUCGUAUCCAGCGACGUGCUUUCUCCGCCACUGCGCGAGACCUCUCCAAGGUCACCGUCCUCGGUGCUGCCGGCGGUAUCGGCCAGCCUCUCUCCCUCCUCCUCAAGCUCAACCCCCGUGUCACUGAGCUCGCUCUCUACGACAUCCGUGGCGGACCCGGUGUCGCCGCUGACAUCUCCCACGUCAACACCAAGUCCACCGUCAAGGGUUAUGAGCCCAGCCCCGCUGGCCUCGCUGAUGCCCUCAAGGGCGCCGAGGUUGUCCUGAUCCCCGCUGGUGUCCCCCGCAAGCCCGGCAUGACCCGUGACGAUCUCUUCAACACCAACGCCUCCAUCGUCCGUGACCUCGCCAAGGCCGCCGCCGAGUCCGCCCCCAAGGCCAAGCUCCUCAUCAUCUCCAACCCCGUCAACUCCACCGUCCCCAUCUGCGCCGAGGUCUUCAAGUCCAAGGGUGUCUACAACCCCAAGACCCUCUUCGGUGUCACCACCCUCGACGUUGUCCGUGCCUCGCGCUUCGUCUCCGAGAUCAAGGGCACCGACCCCAAGGACGAGAACAUCACCGUUGUCGGUGGCCACUCCGGUGUCACCAUCGUCCCUCUCUUCUCCCAGAGCAACCACCCCGACCUGAGCUCCAACGCUGAGCUCGUCAAGCGUGUCCAGUUCGGUGGUGACGAGGUCGUCAAGGCUAAGGACGGUGCUGGCUCUGCCACUCUCUCCAUGGCUAUGGCUGGUGCCCGCAUGGCUGACUCCAUCCUCCGCGCCGUUCAGGGCGAGAAGGGUGUCGUCGAGCCCGCCUUUGUCGAGUCUCCUCUCUACAAGGACCAGGGUAUUGAGUUCUUCAGCUCCCGCGUCGAGCUCGGCCCCGAGGGUGUUGAGAAGAUCCACCCCAUCGGCAAGGUCGAUGCCAACGAGGAGAAGCUCGUCGAGGCCUGCCUGGGUGACCUCAAGAAGAACAUCGAGAAGGGUGUUGCCUUCGUUGCCUCCAACCCCGGCAACUAA